AUGGAGUCCAGUAUGGACGCUUUAAUCAUGCACAAACCGAAUGAAACAGAGGUCGAAUGUUGGGAUGAUGAUGAGGACUUACACUGUGGUGAUGGCUUUCAGUUACGCACAGUCUCUGCUACCACGUCGGUUACAGGGUCUUCCGUUCGCCCGUCAGGCCAUCGUGACUCGAUCUCGUCUCGCCGCUCUUGGAGGUCAGACCGUGAUUCCAACUUGGGUGACGAUGAAAGCUGGCAGUUAUUGCUCAAUCCGAACGAUGACUCCCCUAACCAGGACGCAAUCGUGUCAGCAAAAAACGCUGGGAUACCCAUUCCGUCAGACAUACCAACUUCUGCAUUACUCGGAGGGUCAAUAAAGAGGCUGGGUGGCCGGAAACAGCGAGCCAUCGUGGGUGACGACUGGCUAGAGGAUCUUGACCUUUCAGCCUUUGAAGCAAGGCCCAAGGUCAAAUUAUAUCACGAAGCUACAGCACCUGACUCACUACUUCAUCUAGACUCUUUACCUGCUCCCAGCUUUGACAAACAGAUAGAUACCCAUCCAUUUGUUCUUCAUGAUCUUGUCAAAUUCCGUGACACAGAGGAGGACAUGUUGUUUGGCGACGUUUCCACCAUUAAAAUUACCAAAACUCGAUCCAACCAGCCUACAGUCCCGCCCUCGCGGCUAGAGUCGCGAGAAAAGGAUGACGAUUUUGAAUCUGAGCUAGUCCUGCCGGAGGAUGGUACACCCCUACGCCUCUCCCAGCGUCGAGACAUGUCCUUAACUUCUGAUUUCCUAACCGAUGAUUUUGACACCGAAUGGGCAGAAGGCAGUAUUGGUGUCCGUUUCGGAGGCACCCGAAGAGAUGGUCGCUCCAAUCGCAGCUCUUCUGUUGGAGCACUCAGCCCGAGCAUGUCCAGCUGCCUGACUAUCGAAAGUGAAGACGAUGGUAUCGAUGGUUUAAUACUUCCUGAUGGCCCCCUGGACCUUGAAAAAUCACUUCAGAAACGGGCUAAACUACAGUCACCACCCCCUAGCAUUCCGGAGACACCCACCGAACAACAAGUCACUCCCAGCAAUAAAGGCCCUAAACAUGCGGAGCCAAAAAACGAUGAUUUCUUUUCCGGCAUCGAAAUAGGGGAUGGCGAAGCCUUUGACGCUGGAAAGUUAACUCUUAACCGGAAUGUCAAACGAAGAAUUGAACCACCAUCAACUCCCCCUCGACGAGGAGCAACAAGCAUUACGUUUACCAACAAGGCUCCUGCCACUGGGACUCGAAUACCCCGACUCUCUGCCCAUGAAAGGCCGCACUCCACCUACCUGGAGCCUGUUUCCGAAAGUGGUGCCCCUGUUUCCCAAACACCAAGGCGUCCUCACUCCCGCUUAAGUGGGCAUGCAACCCAUUCAUCAUUAACGAACAUACCCUUAUCGAACUCUUUAGCAUCGAGCCUUUCACCGCCAAGUCGACGAGUAGUUGCGGCCAGACCCCCCAAAGAGGUUUUGCGAGGUGACCUUGCGAAUACCAACACCCAACUACUCAAAUCCAAACGUUCAACCCCCGUCAUGCGCCCUUCAUCAGGGAAUACAACUGCUUCCCAAACACAGAUUUCACCAUCCAGGCAGGCAAGCUAUAGUAAACCAGCGCCCACAUCCCGCCCCAAAACACCAGUUGAGCGUCACGCAACCGAGUCUCGUCUCCAUUCCCAACGCCGACCUCAGGUUCCCUUUCUCCCUGCAGGUGUAUCUCCUAGCCAAUCUCACCAUGUCAGUGUUAAAUCUAGUAGACAUUUCCGUCGAACUGACUCAGAAAGUUCGGGGGAUAUGCUUAUAAGGUCAACAUCCAGGUCUUCAAAGCGGACACGUUAUGACAGCUCUGGUCGCCCUAUCAGCUAUUCUGGAGAUACUAUUUCUGCCGCCGCAAAGCAAACUAUCACAAAACCAACUCGUCGGAAGAACUUUGGUGACGGCACGGAAUUAGACAUUUUUGAUGACCUUCCAACUUCUGCUUCUCUUGAAAGCAGAUUCAUGAAAGCCCCCAUCAAACGAGGUGCCCCCCGUUCUCUACGAAGCAAGUUAAGCCAGUCACACAUAAUUGCACCAAGGACAGAUACCCCAGUCCCAUCUUCAGGGCCCACAAGCCCACCAGUGCAAGACUCGACACCUCGAUUUGCACGAGACACAAAUGCAUCCAGGAAUGCACGUGAGCAACGCAUAACGUCAAUGGGUAGCAGCCUGCAUCAACUCACUUCAGUGAACCUCAACUGGAAAACCCAGCCUGCCACUCGGUCUCUGGCGAGCCCUUCACUCCCGCGGAGCCGUCACGGUCAUAAACAUUCCCUCAGCCGGCCCCAUCUCAUCAAACCAAUGGGCAAUGGGGUCCACGAUGCUAAAAAUGUCAAAGGGUCCCAGGUGGUUGGCGGAAUGGUAUUUGAUCCCCAACGAAUGUGCUGGCUUAAAGCUCCGGGCUCCCGACCAAGCAGCAAAUCUGGGCCUUCCCUUUCUGUUGAUGAAGAGGAAGACGUCUUUGCUGGCCUUGAUGAUCUCGAGGAUCAUCCACGAAAGUCAAUUACAGCUAUCUCCAGCGCCCCAUCCUCCCCCAGUUGUGUCGAGGCAGAUACCGCCAACCUGGAUGACAAAAGUGGAGGCGAGUCAUCAGACGAGUGGGCGAUCACAGAAGAGUUUGAUGUUGGGCCUGAGUUCAUCAGGCGACAGCGUGCUGAGGAAGAAAAAUGGAGGCGGAAAGUUGGCAAGUGGAUAAAUGAAGACCGAGCCAACCUGGGGGAUGAAUGGCGCUGGGCCAUUCGUAACCUAGUCUGCAAGGGCAAAGUUGGAUGA